AUUAUACACAACACAGUUCCGCAGUCUGUUUGUGUGUUGACGUUAUUGUAAGGAGCUCUUCAGACCACAACACAAGUCCAUAAGCAAGGAUACACUCAACGUUCUACACCUCGGAUAAAAGAAAACGGAGACAAAAUGGCAUCGGACUCUCCGCGCAGACCUAGUCGCUGUGCUGGUGGGGUUCUGGUGCGGGCACAAGCUGCUACGGAGCAGUCUUACAUGGAAAGUGUGGUGACGUUCCUGCAGGAUGUGGUCCCCCAGGCAUAUACUGGUGCUCCGCCCACUGAUGAAAAAGAGAAAAUUAUUUGGGUUCGAUUUGAGAAAGCUGACAUCAACGACACUGCCCGCAAUCCAGAGUUUAUGGAGAUGCACAGCGGUACCACUGACCCUCCUCUUUGCCUCAUGAUCGGCUACAGUGACGGGAUGCAGAUCUGGAGCGUAUCUUUGGCAGGAGAAGCCCAAGAGCUGUUCUCAGUGCGCCAUGGUCCUGUGCGAGCUGCUCACAUUCUGCCAGCUCCUCAUAUCAGUCCUCUGAACACAGACAGUUUUGCCGACAAGAGGCCUCUGCUGGGGGUAUGCAAGAGCACAGGGUCUUCUGGGACAAGCCCUCCCUACUGUUGCGCUGACCUGUAUUCUCUACGGACAGGGGAAAUGGUCAAAUCAAUUCAGUUCAAGACGCCCAUCUAUGAUCUCCACUGCAACAAACAUAUUCUGGUUGUGAGCCUACAAGAGAAGAUUGCAGCAUUUGACAGCUGCACCUUCACCAAGAAGUUCUUUGUUACAAGCUGCUAUCCCUGUCCUGGCCCCAGCCUAAAUCCAAUAGCUCUGGGAAGCCGCUGGUUAGCCUAUGCUGAGAAUAAGUUGAUCAGAUGUCACCAGUCUCGCGGGGGAGCUUGCGGGGACAAUGCACAGUCCUAUACAGCUACAGUGAUCAAUGCUGCCAAAACUUUAAAGACAGGCCUGACAAUGGUGGGUAAAGUUGUCACCCAGUUGGCAGGCACACUACCGGCAGGCACUCCCGACGAGGAAGGCACACCUCACAGUGCGAGCCGCCGCAGCCCCCACAACCCCGGUGUGGUCACCAUCAUUGACACACAUAGCGUUGGCGAAGGACAGGUCUUGGUGAGUGAGGACUCGGACGGAGAGGGAGUGGUGGCUCACUUCCCAGCCCAUGACAAACCCAUAUCCUGCAUGCAAUUCAACCCCAGUGGAAUGCUGCUGGUGACUGCCGACACUCUGGGCCACGAUUUUCACGUCUUCCAGAUUCUCACCCACCCAUGGGCGUCCUCACAGAGCGCUGUUCACCAUCUCUACACACUGCAUCGUGGGGAAACUGAGGCCAAGGUCCAGGACAUGUGUUUCAGCCAGGACAGUCGCUGGGUAGCCAUCAGCACCCUCCGUGGCACAACCCAUGUAUUUCCCAUCAACCCUUACGGUGGCGCGCCCUGCGCCCGCACACACAUGUCCCCGAGGGUAGUCAACCGGAUGUCUCGCUUCCAAAAGAGCGCCGGCCUGGAGGAGAUUGAACAGGAGCUGAACAGGGUGGCUGCGUUAGGAGCAGGAGCAGGAGGAGGAGGCAUAGGAGGAGGUAGCUGCAUCCUGGGUGGAGGAGGCGGCAUUGGGGGCCGCUGUAGCCCCAUUCCUGGCCUUUCCAGCAGUCCCUCUGGGUCUCCACUGCACGCCAAGCUGAGCAGCCAGGAUUCUUACAACAACUUCACCAAUAACAACAUGGGGAACCCGCGACUGUCCCCGCUGCCCAGCCUCACUGUGGUGCUGCCUCUGGCUCAGAUCAAACAGCCCAUGACCCUGGGCACCAUCACCAAACGCACAGGCAAAGCUAAGCCACCCCCUCAGAUCUCCCCAAGCAAGUCCAGUGGAGGAGAGUUCUGUGUGGCCGCCAUCUUUGCCUCGUCUCGCUCCUGGUUCAUCACCAACCCCAACAUGAAAAGAGAGAAAGAUCAGUCCAGGCAGUUGGUUGUUGACUCGCUGUACAUCAUCAGUUGCUAUGGUAACUUGGUGGAGCAUGUCCUGGAGCCUCGGCCAAUUAGCAUUACUCAAAAGAUUAGCGAUGACACACCUUUGGAGCUCAGCACCUGUCCGAGGGCCUGCUGGACUCUAGCCAGGACUCCACAAUGGAAUGAGCUGCAGCCACCUUUCAAUUCCAACCACCCCUUGGUAUUGGCCUCAGACCUGGUGCAAUACUAUCAGUAUCUUUUGUCUGCGAUGCCCCCAGGAAGCCCAGGCCCAAUCACCCGACAUGAGUCGUCAGACAGCCUGGCGUCGGACCACAGUGGUCACGAGGACGAGGAGUGGCUUUCUCAGGUGGAGAUUGUGACCCAUACAGGGCCCCACCGGCGCCUGUGGAUGGGCCCCCAGUUUCAGUUUAAGACCAUUCACCCUUCAGGCCAGACCACAGUCAUCUCGUCCUCGUCCUCAGUCCUUCAGUCCCAGUGCCCCGCUGACGUCCAACAGCCCCUGUUGGACUUCGACACAGACGACCUGGACCUACACAGCCUGAGGAUCCAGCCGGUACGUUCGGAGCCAGUAAGCAUGCCCGGCUCAUCGCGGUUGGUGGCCGAUCGCAGAGGACAGUCCAACAUCAUGGACGCAGGAUCAGGUUAUUCCUGAAAAGGAAGCUCCUCGCUCUCCAAAUUACCAUUUCAAUUGAUUUAAUUUUUUUCCUCACAAGCAUGCCUAUCGUUUUCAUUGCCCCUUCAUAUAUCAAUCCAUCAUCCAUCCAUCCAUCCAUUCAUCCUUCCCUUUCUCCCUCACUACCCAAUCAUUGUUUUUAUCAUUGGUGUGUGAGAGAGAAGAGGACAGGCGAGAGGAGAAGGAGGAAAAGAGGAAGAUGGCCAGCUUUCUACUUGUCUCUUUGUUUGUCUGUCUCGUGUUUGUCCAGUUAUGGCCUCUUAGAAAGUGGCCAUUUUGAGUCCAAGUCCAUUUGAUAUUAAUAUGAAAUAGUAAUAAAAAUAGAAAUAGUUCCUUAUCCAAAUGGAAAUUUCAUGUCAAUGUAUCUUUCUAUGUCAAUUGCUGUCCUUAAAAUGCCCUCGUCAAGAAAGCAGAAUGUCAUUAACUCUGACAGAAGUCAGGAUUGUUAAAUGGUUAACCAAUGAUCCAGAUUUGGUGAUCACAUUCCCACUGCAGGCUCAUUCCUGUUUUCUGCUGCGUUCAGGCACGUUACGACCCCCCGUGAGCAAUUGCUGCCAUUCAAGUCAAUGCUUCAUAUUCCACCAGCCGUGCCAUAACGCGGCCAAGAAGCGUGCGUGAAGAUAGAUACACAAUAUUUUCAUGCAAGCCGCGCCUGUUCGGACAGCCGGGCAGGAAGUGAAACAGCGAGAGCAUCUAGUCAAUUUUACCAGAAGACACUCCCCAAUAUUGAAUAUAUCUCUUCUACAACACCACGGACGACGAGAGAUUCAUCUUGGCGGUGGAAAAACAUAAUAGACAUUACAGAUCUUUUUUCAUCAGGACAAUGGCAGAAAAGAGAAGGCAUGGAGAUGAAAGGUAGAUACUAGCUUAAUUAACGUGAUUGUUCUGUAAAGUACUUGUAGAGACAAUAAAAUCUUUGAGUUGCGUAGGCAGGACGUUGUGCUUCUGAGACGCUACCGACGUGGUAUCACGUGUAGUGGAGGACGGAACAACAUCGCGGCGCAGCCGGAACGCAGCACAGACAUGCCCAAUGGAAUAUCGGGGUCAUUAUCUUGCUUGUCUUAUUUUACAGUGUUCUUCACCUCAAUGUAAAUUACCACCACACACACACACACACACUGCUUUAGGGGGAAAGAUGGCCAUGAUGUUUAUGUUGUUGCCCAACUGAGUCUCCGUUACUGCUCUCGAUUUGUACAACAAAAUAGGUGAUCACACAGUACCAGUGUUGUGUGACAACUGACAUAUUGUAAAUUUGAAAUGAUAUCUGUAAUUUGAUUGAGAGUAAUUGUUUUCAUCCUUAUUAUACUCAUGCUGUCAUCAAAAUGGGUCAAAGUCAGGACAAUUCAAAUAAAUAAAAAAUACUGGGAACUGAAUGUUUCUGAGAUACUGGAACCAACCUCUGGCAACAACAGUCAAACCACACUAAAAUGUAAUUUAGAUCAGCACCUUGCCCAUACGAAUGUUAAGUCAAACAGUUGUCUAUAUCCACGACGUUCCACUUCUGGGAUUACUCUUGUAUUGAAAAUGUUGCUGUAUGUCACUCCGGUGGAUUUAUGAGGACUAUGGUUAACUGCUCUUCACAGCUAGCUAGACUAUCUGUCCAAUCUGAGGUUUCUGUUGCAUGACUAAAACAACCUUUGAAUGUACACGUUCUACUAAAACAAGUUCCUUCCCGAGGCUAUUUUGCAGAGGCACCGUGGCUCAGCGCUUAGCACUGGCCAAGACGAUUGUGAUUGGUUUAAAGAAAUGUCAAUAAACCAGAGCAUGUUUUUCUCCCAUCCCACAAUGAUUUAUGGACUAGCCAGACCCUCCUCCGCUGCGCUGUGGAGGCGGGUCUGACAAUGCGAGACUAAGUCAAACAGUAUUCUGGCUCAACAGAGUUACAUUGCUGAGAUAAAGCCUGACAUCUGACUCAUAUCUCACAGGCCGGAUGUCCCUCCCCUUCCUCCAUCUUCGCUAUCUAUUUUGCAAAGGUAUCGCUCUUGCAUCCGGGGCUUAGCAAUUGUGAUUGGCUUAUGGAAAUACAAACCAGCCAGAGUGUUUAUUCCCCUAUCCCAGAAUAGGUAAGUGGUGUACUUGGUCUAGCAAUGGGAAACUCGUCAUACAGUAACUGUAAAUUGUAACCGUGUGGCAGUCUCCUAAUUUACUGUUUGAUGGAGGUUUCUGUAGGCGUUUACAAGCAGGGGAACUUAAUGUAGUGGCCAAGGGGUCUGUUUAUUAUUUCAUAAUUUGUGUAAGCCCUGAGGAAGGCGAUAUGUGCUUAAAAUUAACACCCACAAGUGUCUAAAAAAAAAAGUAGCAAUGAAGAACAAUAGAACAUUUUGAAGAAGAAAUACAGCUGAAAUAUGCAUGGCAACAUAUGUUUUUGUGUUUAUUAAAAGAAUGUGCAAUACCAAUUAUUCAGCCAGUAAAAUAUAAUAAGAUGAAGUCAUUAGUUUCCCAGAGCCAAAAUUGCUUCCUCAUAAGAAGCGUUGGCACAGUCCUUGCAGUUUUCAGUUGACAAGAGAGACUGAAGCAAAGUGCGCUGGGCUCAGCUGUCUCUUGUAUCAUGGUACAGUUUUUCUAAGGAGCAACUCGCACAAACACAUACUCAACACACACUCAGCAGCAUUUGCCCUUUAGGCAGAGAAUAAAGCAUGUAUUGUACAUCCAGCUCAGGAUGAGGUGGAAAGGAGGGUUAGAUUAUAAAGGAGGAAGGGCACAUGUGUAUACUGAGGCAACAUGAGAGCAGGCAACAUGGUGUGUGUGUGUCUCUUCAAACUGCCCAUAUUAAUAUGCAUACAGUACCACUUUAGAGAAAUGCACAAGUACUGUAUGUAUACACGUUUUAGAUCCUGUUUAUAAGUACAUACGAGUUUCUGCUUAUCUGACUGUUUUUCUAUAUUUCAUCAUCCUUGGUUCAGACAUUCACGUCAGAUUGUCAUUAUAUAAAGGUAACUCACACAUUAUUCCUGUGUUAGGUUAUUUUCUUUUACGUUUUUUUUUAUUAAAGAUUAUUCUUUGGGUCAUUUUAGGCCUUUAUUUAUUUAGGACUGCUGAAGACAUAAAAGGGGAGAGAUGGGGGGAAUGACAUGAAGGAAAUUGCCACAGGACGGAGUCAAACCUGCGGCCAUUGCGUCAAGAGGUAAACCUCUAUAUAUGGGCAUGUAUCAGGUGAGCUCCCCAGGCAGCCAUGUUCUUUUCAAAUUUAACAAAAUACAAAGGUCAGGUUUUUCUGUUCCGUUCAGUCAGUUGUUAUUAUUAACUAUUUUAUUUUAUUCUUAGUAUCAAAUCAUAAAAAAAGACUUAUCUCAAGACACUUUACAGAUGGAGUAGGUCUAGACCACACUAUAAUUUACAAAAAAACAACAAUUCCAGUAAUUCCCCCAUGAGCAAGCAUUUAGUGCAACAGUGGCGAGGAAAAACUUCCUUUUAGGGAGAAACCUCGGGUGGUGAGGAAAACUUGAUGAACAGUGGUGAUUAUAGUCACCAUAUAGAUAAUGGAACUAUGACUAGCAAUAGCAAUGAUUUAACAGAAGUAGUACCUGACACACCCUAACUAGCAAAGAAGCUAACCAACAAUAAUUAAAAAAAAUUGAAGUCGUUUAGGUUUACUCUUUACACACAAUUUCCGUUAAGCAAGUGUUAGCAUGGAAUCUGCUAUCACUUAGCACACUGUAAUUAAGCUAACCCUUUAGUAUGGAGUCCAGGAGUCCAUAGGAGACGUAAUAGUCUGUGUUUUCAUUACAAUUGGGCAAUUUUCAAUAACCUUCAGUAAUCUUUAUCUUUUGUUGUUAUUGUACAUAUGUGUCAAAUACAAUUAUUGUAGUUUAGAACCCUCAGUACUGUGAUUUCAGGUCUAGUUUGGUUGUUUUUUAACAACCGUUAGCUUUAUCCUGUCUGUAAUAACUAGUUGUAUUUUAAACCCACUUAUAAAUAUGCUGUAAGCCAUUUGUAUUGUUUUCAGUGAAAGUUCUCAUGUCAAUUCUACAUUAAAAUGUAUAAGUUUUACCU